AGGUUCUUCUUUUGUUCUCUUCUCAAUGCAAUCUCAUUUACAUCACUGUCACUGUUCCUCUUCAUCUUCCCUUCUCUUGCAUUGCAUCACAAUGGCGGAGUCAACAUACCUCCUCCUCUUCCUUCUUUCUCUUUUCCUCAUCAUGCCAAAUGGCGCUCACUCUUACGACAACAACACCUUUUACCUGCAAAAGUCGCAGAAAAAACACCAAAAUCGUGCCCCGGGGUGCCUCCUUCCCCAAUCAAGGAGGGAAAAAGGUGCUAUUAUACUGGAAAUGAAGGACAGGGGUGAGUGGUCAGGGGAAAAAGAUAACUGGCAUGAGAAACAGUUGGCGCUGGAUGUUCUCCACGUUCGUUCAAUUCAAAAUCAUAUUAGAAAAACGACCUCUAGACAUAUUGAAGAUUCCUCGGAAACCCAAGUUCCAUUAAUUUCUGGCGUAAAAUUCCAGACUCUAAACUACAUUGUGAGUGUGGGAUUAGGAAGCCAGAACAUGACCAUGAUAGUUGACACUGGAAGCGACUUAACAUGGGUCCAAUGCGAGCCUUGCCUGUCAUGUUACAAUCAGAAAGGACCUUUGUUCAAAUCUUCUAAUUCCACUUCCUUUCAAUCAAUUCUGUGUAAUUCAACAACCUGCCAGUCUCUUCAAUCGGGCACAGGAAAUUCAGGAGCAUGUGACAGUAAUCCGUCAAGUUGUGACUAUGUGGUUAACUAUGGUGAUGGAUCAUACACCAGAGGUGAACUGGGGUUUGAGAAGCUGAGUUUUGGAGGUAUUUCAGUGAGUAAUUUUGUGUUUGGUUGUGGAAGAAACAACAAAGGUCUAUUUGGAGGAGCCUCAGGUAUAAUGGGGUUGGGAAGAAGUGAACUUUCAAUGAUCUCCCAAACAAAUGCUACAUUUGGAGGAGUUUUUUCUUACUGCUUACCUUCAAUUCGAAAUGGAGCUUCUGGGUCAUUGGUUAUGGGUAAUCAGAGUGAAGUUUUCAAAAAUGUUACUCCAAUUGCCUACACUAGGAUGGUUCCCAAUCUACAGUUAUCGACCUUUUACAUACUGAAUCUCACUGGCAUAGAUGUUGGAGGCGUGGCUCUGCAAAAUUUAAGUUUUGGCAAUGGUGGAGUGAUACUUGAUUCCGGGACAGUGAUCUCAAGACUGGCUCCAUCCGUGUACAAUGCUGUGAAAGCAAAGUUCUUGGAAGAGUUUUCUGGUUUCCCUUCAGCACCAGGGUUUUCGAUUUUGGAUACCUGCUUUAAUCUCACUGGGUAUGAGGAGGUUAACAUACCUACCAUCAGCAUGCAUUUUGAGGGCAAUGCUGAGCUGAAUGUGGAUGCAACUGGCAUAUUCUAUCUGGUUAAAGAAGAUGCUUCGAGGGUGUGUUUGGCACUUGCUAGUGUUUCAGAUGAGUAUGAAAUGGGAAUCAUUGGAAACUAUCAGCAGAGGAAUCAAAGGGUCAUUUACGAUGCCAAACUCUCUAAGGUGGGAUUUGCUGCAGAAGCUUGCAGCUUCACUUGAAUGCAUAUAUACUGUCAUAUACUGUAAUUCUUCUUCAUGCAACAACAUCUUCCACUUACAUGAUGAUAUAAAUUAAUUUCCCUUUUUCAAGAUAAGAGUCUCUCUCUCCAUUGGAUUGUAAAUUGACUCCUGUUAAGCUUCUAAAAUGUAUGAUGUUGUAGUUUGAGUUGGAAUAAUAGAGGGAACUGAGACUGCAUAAUUAGUAUCA